CUGCAAAUACAGGGAAUGUGACUGAUCACUGCUGGGCACUACCAUACAUCAUACAUACUCAGCACCUACGUGUGUGCGUUUGUACCCCUGAAUAUUUUUUGGUUUUAAAUGAAGUGACACCCACUCAGUUCCUGCUUGAACUUGUUGCUUGCAACUAGAGGUGCACUUUGUUCGUGACACUGAGGUAUUGCACGGGUAGUUGCCUUAAAGUCAUACUGCUCCCUAUGCAGUAAUCGGUAACUGUACAGGACCAAGCAAUCUUAAAGAUAUCCUCACGAACUGAGUCACUAUAAUUUCUACAAUUAGGUAUGAAUUCCUACAGCCUGAGGGCCAGAGGUUUGAGCACAAGCUGUGCCACUUGGCAACAUAGCCAAGAGAAUGGGAUUUGCCCUAAAAAGUCUAGAAGAGGUACAAAAUAGGUAAGCACUUCUAAGUAAAAAGCACAGUACAGUACAUUGUGUAGCACAGAGCCAUUGCUACUUUAAUAGCAAUGGCAAUUAGCAUCUGCUAUUAGCAGCUAGCAGAGCUAUCACAUGUACAAAUAUCUGGUUGAUUUUCUAAGAUUUGGUUUUAAAUCCAGAGAUGUUUGUCAGCCACCCUUAGCCUCCAAAAUUAACCGUGGUUUCCUGAAAUUCAAAAAUCAAACUAGGACUAGAAUUGUGUAUAUUGCAGGUAAACAAUAUUUUUUAUGACAUAGUUAUUAUUGAAUAAGACAAGUAAAACUGUAAACAAACAGAAUUCCUAUUGAUACUUAUUGUGGCUUAUAAUUUCAUACUCAGUUUUUAUUUUUAAAUGGAACAAUUUGAAAAUGGAACAAUCAAAACAGACAUUCAAAUAUAAAUGAAUGUGUUAAAAAUAUCCAUUUGUUCAUUUCUGCUUACAAUUUGCUUGGAAUCCAUGUCACACAGAUCUAUUAUCUGAAUUAUUCCAGCAUUCAUCAAAUUUUGCAGAAUCACAAAGAUAUAUUGGUGGGAAUGAAAUAUGUAGUGGUAAGAAUGGAACAUCAUUUUUAUUAUCUCCUUACUUACACAUUAAUUAGGAAAUAAUAAUGCUUCCACUGAUGUUACAGUAUGUCCCAUAGUCAUGCCUUAAAGUGCCAAGUGUUAAAGGAGUUUUGUCUCAGAAAAAUGCAGUACUGUAUAUUUCCUGCUGCAGUUUUAAGUUACAAAAGAGGUAAGCACUUCUAAGUAAAAAGCACAGUACUGUACAUUGUGUAGCACAGAGCCAUUGCUACCUUAAUUUAAACAAACUAGAAUAGAAAUGUAAAUAUACCAAUUACUUUAUAUUCAUGUGUCUGGCAUAGACAAAAAAAUGCCUAUAAAAAGAAAGAUAAUGUUCAAACGUAAUGUAUUCCAGCUAAUCUAUAUUGCCACAUUCUUCGUAAAACCAAAUUAGUCUAUCUCCAUCAAAAUCAAGACAGGAAAUCAUGCAUGUUGAUAAGCUGUUUUUUAUGUUGGUGUUGAAAUAAGCUCUUUGAAAAAAACUCUCAAAGAUACAGUGAAAUGAUAAAAGAUUUUUAACUCUUCAUGUGACAUACCAAUACCACAUAACACAGAUACGGCCUCAAAAAUUACUUUUAACUAAAUUAAGCAACACCAUUAAUCGCUUUGUACUUUUCAUGAAAGAAUACAUAGAAUUUGAACAAACCACUGGGUAAUAUUGGUCAAUGCAGGUGGAAAAAAGUGUAUGGUGCAGGUUUGCGCCUGUUUGACCUAAUGAAUUCCGAUGCAGUGCCUGAGAAGCACAUGUGCUGCAGGUGACAGAAUGUGAGUCGAACAGGUGGCAGCACUAGCAGCAAACAGAAGUAGCAGGACAAGCUAGAUUGGAUUGGAACUCAACUGGUUGGCAGUGGAAGGCGUUGGGAUCUUAGAGCUACUGGUUAGUAGUUAGCUGUGCUGACUAGUUUGAGAUAGUAACUCUGUGGUGGACAGUGGAAGGAUCUGGGCCAGCUGCAGAGGAACCUGAAGGAAGAGAGCUAACGGUUACAUCUACCAGCUCAUUUGAGAUUGGAACUCUAUGGUGGGCAGAGGACCAGAAGAGCUGUGGGCCAGAGAGAAUAGCCUGAGGCGGAGGAGAGCUGCAGUUUGCUUUUACCUAGAUAGGAAGAAGUUUCGAGCUGAACCCGAAAACAGGUGGAAUUUAAGCUAUGUACUGCAUGUGGCUGGAAGCUUGGGAGAAAGAAUAGUUGAAGGAUGGUACUGACAAGUUAGACACCAACUGAAAAGGGCAGUAGGGUAAAUGGGGAUAGAACCCAUCACUUGUCUAUGCCAGGCUAGGUACAGUGUGGGGGUGAACAAGGAAGCUUGGAUCCUAUGCAGACUGCCUACUUGUGUGCUUGCACCCAUGGGACAGAGUAGGAGUCAGCAAAUGGAUGGACAGCAAAAAGAAGGACUGAUGAAAACAUACAGUACAUAAGCUAGGACCAUAGAUGUGGUGGGUUGAACAUUUAACCAGAAACAAAGAGAAGGGAGAAGAGGGGAGAGUAGCAUGGGUGAGGAUGGCAAGAGAGGGAAGAUGCAGGGAGGAACUUCCAUGGGGAAAUGGGCCACAGAUCCUCAGAGUUUCUGAGAGGCUUGGUGACAUCAGAAGACUAGAAAGAACUUUGAGAUAGAUGUGCAACAGGAAGUCCCAGGCGCGACAAUAAUUUACGUAGGCGAGAGGAAGUGUGUGAGAUUAGGAUCUACUCUUUUUCACAAAUUUCUAUUAUAAAACCAAGGAAUAUAAUGUCUAAAAUUUGUGCUGCUCCGAUUCAAGAUUGAGACAGUGAAUUUCUAAGCCCAGACUGUGAUUGACGUGGAUAGUGAUGUCUAUUCUGAUUUUUUAUAUCAACAAGAACCAAACUGUUAAAAAAAUGAUUAUAGGCUACUCAGCUGAGUUACAAGGAUAGUAAUAGCUCAGUGCAUGCAUUCCUAACUAGUACUAUCAGGGAUAAUGCAGUGCACUGCAAAAGAGGAAAGUGACCUCAAUUAAUUGUGAUUAAAGAUAGUUUUAUUAUAUUAUUGUAGUCUUGACUUAACAUAGUCUUAGUUGAUUCUUGAUUUUGUAACACCUGAUAGAGUGUCAACAGUAGCCAAUACAUUUACUGAUAGAAGGAGCCAAAAGAUAAGAAAAGCCCAAAGUCUUAGCUGUUUAGACAUGUUCUUUUUGAGGUGACAAAAACAUGAUAAAAUGAAAGAAAGAAACAAGCUUCUACACCACCUCCUGCCCCUCCACCCUCUUCUAUAAUACUCUCUCUCUCUCACACACACACACCCUUAGGAGAAUGGAGAGGAGCUCCUCCCAAUAAUGACUGCUCUACCACGCCUGAUUUAAAAAAUAAGCCAAGUGCAGUGCAGAAAGAGAGGUCUCUGCUGCAAUCCUUGAGUGCAUUCAUCCUGUCAGUAAUGUCUGUCUCUUUCUUUCAUUUGCUCUGCGAAUGCAAGCCCUGGAUGCAAAUUCUGUCUGAGCCUGCAUAAAUAUACUCUGUGAAGAGUGGAAGCCAAAUUAAUCCUUUUCCUUUUUACUACACACAAUGUAUGGAAACUACCAUGGAUUGAUCAUGAUAUCAAGCUCCAGAUGUCAAUGAAUGAGGGAGAAAAAAAUGAAACAGGAUUGUUUUGCACAUUUCAAGGAAAUAAUACAUGUGUAAGUGUGCUUCUUUUAAAGCAAGUCUGAAGAUCCGUUCUUGUUUGGUUUUGAGGUAAUCUCAGUUCAGUGGGGAGUUCCUUCUGCUGGCAUGAAAAAUUACUCUCUGGCAUUCCGAUUGCUGAUCAAAGGCACAAGCAACUUAUGCACUAUGUGGAUGUUUUCUGUUUGUCUAUGGAUUCUCAAUGUUUUGCCUUUCUGCCUUCAAUAUGAGUCUGAACAGGAGUACUAUCAGGAUGUGGAAGAAACAGAGUUAGGGAGUGAUCUGCACAGCCAGUGGGGGACAGUGUCCACUGUAGAUGAGCUGCUGGAUCUCUUGUAUCCAGAGUAUGGCCUGGUCCAGCACUGCCUACGCAAGAAGGCACUGAACACGCACACAUCAAUCCAGGAGGAAGGGGACAGCUGGGGCAAUCAAAAAAAGGCAGCACUCUACAUCGCAGACAGCGCAUUUGACCUUAUUUUGGAUGAGAUGCAGAAGACCUUGUGCACUCCAAGAGAAGUGUUCCUGGAUGUUUCUAAAGAAUACCCUGAGAGUACCACCAAUUUCUACCUGCCUCGCUGUGUCUCUGUGCACCGAUGUGGUGGAUGCUGCAAAAGUGAAGCCCUCCACUGUGUCAACACCAGCUAUACCUAUGUCAACAAGACUUUGAUUGAACUCUCCAUGCCACAUAUGGAAAAGACAGUUGUUAUGGUCAGUUUUGUCAACCACACAGAGUGCGAAUGCCAACCCAAGCGAUCUCCUCACUCUGUCAUCAGGAGGUCAGCCAAUACACCAUGUCCUGAGACAGACAGUACCUGUGCCGCUGGUCUAAAUUGGAAUCCUGUUACUUGCCAGUGCAUGUCUGACGACAUGAGCCUCUUCUCCUCCACAGAGCCAGACCCACUGGCUGAGGCUCUCAUUGACCUCUGUGGUCCUAACAAACUGUGGAGUGAGGAGCACUGUGAGUGUGUGUGUCAGAAUGGGCUAACCCACUUGAGCUGUGGAGAAGGAUGGAGGCUUGAUGAGGUUGACUGUGAAUGUGUCUGUGAAGAACAAGCGGCUUUGGAGCCCUGCCCUCCCCACCAGAAGUGGGACAAAGAGCGCUGUGGAUGCGUCUGCCAGGCAGACUGCCCAAAGAGUCAGCCUCUGAACCCCGGGAACUGCCAGUGUGAGUGUAAAGAGAAUGCGAACACAUGUUUACUGCAAGGGAAGAAGUUCAACCCUGAAACCUGCAGCUGUUACCGGCUACCCUGCAGGACAAAAAACAGGAAAUGUCCAUCUGGAUAUUAUUACAGCCAGUAUGUAUGUCACUGCUUACCAAACUUCAUGAGGUCAUAUGAGCAGUAUUGAAGGGAAACAUCACUGGGCACAUUUAUAAGGGAAAAAUCACACAACGUGAUCCAAAGACAUUCCCAAUAUUUAUGUCAGACAUCUAAGCAGUAAAUGAAGCACUUGGGUAUGGUCAGUAGUAAAAUCACACCAUUGUUUUGAACAGACUUGUAUUUAAUCUGAAGGUCAGUGCUAACACACAACAUAUCAACUAACUGGGGGAAAAUUUUAAUUUCUUAAUAACUCAGCAACUUCAGUGGAGUGUAUAUUAUUUGUUCUUACUUGUUUACUAGUGUGCUAAGAUUAUUAAAAAAUGGAAAAAAUCGUAGUUUUAAUAAUAGUUUUAAUUUAAAGCAAAUGAAUGUGUCAGCUGACCCUUUUUAGGGUGUUUGAUUUAUAUACAAUAGAGAUGUAAUUCCUUUAUAGUAUGUUUUCAGCAAUGCAUAUACUGUAUGACAAUGCUUUUAAGCAGCCUUAAGGGUAUUUUAUACAGAUUGUGGAGUGUCAGACACAGCAUCAUGUUAUAUAUGAUAUGCUGCAAGAUAUGUACAAAUGGAAGUAGAAUGGAGAUAUAAUAUAUAUACUUGAGAGCUACACAGGCUGAAAGGUCUCCUCAUUGCUAUGUUUGUAUUAGUUCUUAUGUUCUUUUUUUUUAGAGCACAUGUCAGUAAAACAAUUUCACUUGUAAAAUGCUAAGCAUGAAGCCAGUUUUUCCCUGGAAACAAAUUGUCUUUUUUACUAAAUUACUUAAUUAUAAGAAGAUAGUGUGGCUAAUAACCUCACAAAAUAAGAUGUAAAUUAGAACAUUAUUUUUAAAAAUCCUACUCUGAAUUUCUAACUUAUAGAAUAAGAUACAUAACUGAUGUCAAUCCAAAAUGAAAACUGCUUUCAUCCUCAAUAUUUCAUAUAAUAAAAAAAUAUUUAUUUCUUGCUACAAAUAAUGCUCUCAGAUUAAGUUAAUCCAUUCUAUCAACUCAUAGAAGAAUGAUAGAUAUUCUACAUUAGCAAAAGAAAGAAAAUGAGCUAAACUUAUACUUCUCUGUUUUAAUUUUAAUUUGAUUUCCUGUAGCUCUCUGUUCUAGUAAAUGUAUUCAUCAUCACUAACAUAGAUAUAUGUGCAGGUCACAAAACUUGUCAUAAAGAUGUAUAUUUGUACACCUAUUGUGCUUAAGAUAGUGCUGGACAAAUGUUCGGAGCAAACUGGAAAUGUUAUUGUAGAAAAUUACUUGAAAAAAUAACUGAACCAUCCACAUAAUUUGUAAACUAUCCUUCCGUUAUCAGAACCGAACCAAAUAAAAAUUAGUUCAGCAGGUCAGUUAGAUCCUAAUUAAUGUGAUACAGGGACAAAACACUGUAUGCUGGGAGUAUUUGGAGUGCCCCUCCUAGCUGGGGGACUGGUAGCCUAGCCAUGAGGAUAGCUGUCUUAACCUCCCCCCCACCCCACCCUCACUAUUGCAUGGAUCGAGCUAGGGAGCUGCUGCAAGGUUGUAGAUGGGGAGGCAGGGUGGAGAUGCAGGAAAGAUACGUGAAGGGAAAUUCUGGGUGUGAGACUGAUGUAUGUAGGCGAGAGGAAAUGUACGAGAUUAGGAUCUAACCUUCCUCCCGAUCUGCUGUUAGAAACUUCAUAAAUGGAGCAGUUAUGUCCCAUGUGCUUGGUGUCCUGUCUAGCACCACACAUCAUCUCAGGUAAGGAUUUUAAGUGAUAAUUUAAAUCUCAAAGAACGAUCUGAACUAUAGCUCCCUAAGUUUUAUUUUGCUUUAAAGCGAGCUGCUAUUUUUAAAAUCAGAUUCAAGUUUUCAUAUAUAUAUCCUUUUUUUUUUUACAAAUAAAUCACUUUGUGAAUGAUGCUUUGUAGAUACCUUAUGUUGUACUACUACUUUCUGUGCUUUUGUUUGUCACCAAGCCUUUGAUAAUAGGCAGAGAGCUGCUGCAAUCAGCACAGGUCAAAAAGUGUGGAUCAAUACUGAGUAGUUAGCACACCAUUACAUGUUAGAUUUUUGUUAGUUAUUUCUAAUUUGUUUUUUUUUUUAUUUGUCCUUUUAGUACCUCAAACUUUAACAGCUCUUUUGCAUUGAAACUGAGAAGGAAAUACUUAGGGGCAGAUUUUUUUACUGGGCAAACUGUCCAUCUCUUUUGUUUACUAUAGACUGGGCAGUUUUCCCAAAGUAGAAAACAAGAACCUUGGUGUACAAAGCUGUGAAAUUUAAGAAGGCUAAAAUACGUUGUAUAACAUUCAUGUUUUAUAUGUACAAUUCAAGGGCUUCUUCUAUUAAAGUCAUGUUUAUCAAUGUC